UAAAACGAAAGCGAAACAUAAAGUGCUGUCAUCUGAUUAUUGAUUAGAGGUGGUAACGCUUCUUUUCUGUAUGAGCUGUUCGGUUUCUUUAUAAGAUUUAGAGAAUCAUCUUUCCCCUCAAAUCAGUUCGCUGGUCGUUUCAAACAGGAAACUGCGGGUGCAACAUGGCAGGAACCGGCGACCUGGAUGAAGGAUUCUACUCCCGGCAGCUGUAUGUUCUGGGUCACGAGGCGAUGCACCGGAUGGGCACAGUCAACGUCCUCAUAGCAGGAAUGAGAGGUCUGGGAGUGGAAAUAGCCAAAAACGUGAUCUUAUCCGGAGUUAAGUCUGUCACAGUGCAGGAUGAGGGCCAGACUGCGUGGACUGACCUUUCAUCACAGUUCUAUCUGCAGGAGUCACAUCUGGGUCAGAACCGAGCCACAUGUUCCGUACAACAGCUGUCUGUCUUAAAUCCACAUGUGCAUGUGUCAGCACACACCGGACCACUUGAUGAAGACCUGCUCCUGAAAUUUGAGGUGGUGGUCCUCACUGACUCAUCAUUAGAUGAUCAGAAGCGUUUUGGUGAGCUCUGCCAUUCACAUGGAAUAAAGUUCAUAGUUGCAGACACCAAAGGACUCUGUGGCCAGCUGUUCUGUGACUUUGGUGAGAAGUUUGAGGUGUUGGAUCGUGAUGGAGAGAUGCCUGCAACAAUCAUGAUAGAAAGAAUCACUAAGGAAAAUCCAGGAUUGGUUGUGUGCACAGAUGACCAGAAACAUGGACUUUCAGAUGGCUGUAAAGUUAUCUUCUCUGAAGUCCAAGGCAUGACGGAGCUCAACAGCAUCGGCCCCGUGGAGAUCAAAGUCUGUGGCCAAUAUUCCUUCACAAUCUGUGACACUUCAGCCUUUUCUGAGUAUGAACGGGGAGGGGUAGCAACUGAGGUUAAACAGCCAAUCCAGCUAGACUUUAAACCACUGAGCGAGGCUCUACAAGAUCAUCAGCUGCUGAUAUUUAAUGACUUUGGAAAAAUAUCAAGACACAACACCUUGCACCUGGCAUUCCAAGCCCUCCAUAGCUUCGUAAAGAAGGAGCAGCGGCUCCCUCAGUCUUGGUCUCAGUCAGAUGCAGAUUUCCUGGUUGCCUUGGUGAGAGAGCUGAAUGCAGUAGCACAGGUGGACCAGCUGGAUGAGGAUGCAGUGCGGAGACUGUCCUACACAGCACAGGGGGAUUUGGCUCCUAUGAAUGCUUUCUUUGGAGGUUUAGCUGCUCAGGAAGUUAUUAAGGCAUGUAGUAGGAAAUUCACCCCUCUUCAGCAGUGGUUAUACUUUGAUGCUCUGGAGUGUCUCCCUGAGGAGGGCGGUCAACUGGAGGAGCGCUCAUUUUCAUCAAAAGGCACCAGGUAUGAUGCACAGAUUGCUGUCUUUGGUCCAGCAUUCCAGGAGAAGCUUGGGAACCAGAAGUAUUUCCUGGUUGGAGCUGGUGCUAUUGGCUGUGAGCUUCUCAAAAACUUUGCCCUCAUUGGGCUUGGUGCAGGAGAAGAGGGCCACAUCACUGUAACAGACAUGGACUAUAUAGAAAGAUCCAAUCUAAACCGCCAGUUCCUGUUCAGGUCUCAGGAUAUUGGGAAGCCUAAGUCAGAGAUUGCAGCCAAGGCCGUCCGUGAGAUGAACCCACAGGUGAAAAUCACUGCUCAUCAGAACCGCUUGGACUCUGACAGUGAGGGAGUGUAUGACUACAACUUCUUCAUGGGUCUCGAUGGAGUGGCUGCAGCCCUUGAUAAUGUGGAAGCCAGGGUUUAUUUGGAUGGACGCUGCGUUCAACACCAGAAGCCAUUGCUGGAGGGAGGAACUUUAGGAAGCAAGGGUCAUACUCUGGUGGUGGUGCCUCACCUGACUGAGUCUUAUGGUCCGGCUAAAUCAAGUUCCAGUAAUGCCAUCCCAUUGUGCACUCUCAAGAACUUCCCCCACAGAAUUGAGCACACCCUGCAGUGGGCCAGAGACCAGUUUGAAGGACUGUUUAAACAAACACCUGAAAAUGUGAAUCUCUUUUUGAGAGAUCCAGGCUUUGUAGAACGAACCCUAGCCAAUGGAGACGCUGAAGCCGUGGAGAUUCUCGAAGGGGUGUGGAACAGCCUGCAGGACAUGGCAGAUGGAGGAAAGCAUCCAAAGAUUUGGGAGGACUGUGUCAGCUGGGCACGCUGCAAGUGGGAAACACUCUAUAACAAUGAUAUCUGUCAGCUGCUGCACUGUUUCCCUCCUGGACAGGUGACCAGUAAUGGUCUACCCUUCUGGUCUGGAUCCAAGAGAUGCCCUCAUGCACUGACCUUCGACCCUAACAAUAUUACCCACAUGGACUAUGUGGUGGCUGCAGCUAACCUGUAUGGGCACAUCUAUGGGAUCAAAGGGACAGGAGACAGGAACUCUAUAAGAGAAACCUUAGCAAGGGUCAAAGUACCAUCUUUUACUCCCAAGUCCUCUGUGAAAAUUCACACUACGGACGAGGAGAUGGAGGAGGACAGAAAAAAGAAGGGUGAUGACAAUGAAAAAGUCCAACUUGAGGAACUGAAAAGAAAGUUGUCCUCAUUGAAAAACUCAGCUCAGAUGUGCCCCAUCGACUUUGAGAAGGAUGAUGACAGCAACUUCCACAUAGACUACAUCGUUGCUGCAUCUAACCUGAGAGCAGAGAACUACGACAUCCCUGCAGUUGAUCGCCACCAGAGUAAGCGCAUCGCUGGAAGGAUUAUCCCCGCCAUAGCCACCACAACAGCCGCAGUGGCAGGUCUGAUGUGCCUGGAGCUGUUUAAACUGAUUCAGGGUCACAAGAAGAUCAGCUCCUACCGCACAGCUUACCUCAACCUGGCUGUACAGUACUUUGUCCUGUCCCAGCCAUGCCGCCCUCAGGACUUCGAAGUUGCAGGAAAGAAAUACACCCUGUGGGAUGACUUCCUUGUUGAGGGCAGAGGCAGCAAUCAGCAGGAAAUGACCUUGGGAGAUCUGCUGCAGCAUAUCAAGGAGAAGUAUGACUUGAACAUCUGCAGUCUUUUCUAUGGACCUGCCAUCCUGUACAAUGGACAUGAAGAAAGGCUGAAGAAAAGUGUGUCUGAUGUGGUGAAAAUGGUAACAAAGGCAGACAUCCCACCUCAUAAGAAGAUGCUAGAGUUGAUCCCUUCUUUUGCUGAAGAUGAGGACUGCGAACUGGUACCAACUAUCAGAUAUAUGCUCAAGUGACACAGCCAGUGUGAGGUUUCUUCACUGAAAAGGUUCAAAGCAAUUCAACCCUCCAGAGAGAUACUGAGGUUUAAUAAACUCAUUUUUAAACUUUUCUGCUAAUUUUGAAAUGUAAUUUUUUUAGCAGGUUGAAACAAUCUAUGGUACCUGACCUAUGCCCAAAAAAUAAUGAAUGCCAAAUGCUCCAAGACUAACAUACAAUUUAUCAUUUGCUUUUUUUUGUCACUUUUUAAUAAGACUACAUUGGAAUCUUGGUAAACUGCCAUUUCCUUUGUCAUUUUCCUAUGUGAAAUUUUACCUUAAAGUCAUGUUAUUAAUUAUGACUCAUAAAUAAAGUGUCAAGCUCUCCAUAAUCUAUA